CAGCCAUGUCGAAACCAAUUUCGUUUGGCUUCGGGAAGCAGAAACUGUCUGCUCCUACGAAAGCCUCCAGCACCCCUGCGAGACGGCCUGCAGCGCCAAGUGGUCGACCGAAACAUGCGCUUCACAAUGAUUCGGACAACGAAGAUGAAGAGGAGCCAAGGCACGAGAAACGAAAGAGCUAGUCAUAAAGAACCAGGGAAAUGCAGAUUGGCGCAGGCGAGGGCGUAAAAACCUUCUUCCGGCCGAAGUCCAGGCGCAUCAGCAGAAUGGUAACGUUGUUAUGGUUGAGAAAGACGAAAUCAGCACCGCCAGUGGUCUUCAAUUUGUUGAGAAGCAAGACUCUCCAGACGAACAGUCUGCGGAGGUUGUGCAGCCUACCACCACCCAGCCAAUCGAGCCACCCGAAGAACCCAAACAUUUGACUGCGGAUGAAGAAGCGCUGCACGCGCUGCUCGAUGAUGGUUCUGGGAAACCAAAAUCCAAUGUCGUCAUUACGCAGCAAGGCAACACGCAUACUUUCCGAGACGAGACACAGGACUAUCGAGAAGAUGUCGCAUCACGGCCCGACUCGAGUACCCUAGAAGAAUAUGCUGCGAUGCCAGUCGAGGAAUUUGGUAUGGCUAUGUUGAGAGGCAUGGGUCAGAAGCGGCGAGCAAAUGGCGAGGUUAUCACCCUGGAGAGAAAGGACGACAACCCCCAGAAGCUCCGCAAACAGGAAGGGUUUCUCGGUAUCGGUGCAAAGGCUGCUCCGGGCACAAACGGCAUUGAACUAGGUGCUUGGGGGAAAGCGGACAUGCGCAAGAACAACAAGGGCGAAGGCUUCUUUACGCCACUCAUGCGUGAAAACAAAGCCACCGGGGAGAGGAUCUCCGAAGAUGAGCUGCAGAAGAGGCUGAAGGAAUCCAAUGGAAAUGAGCGAGAAGAAGACUGGAGACAGAGGAGAGAUCGCAACUUGGAGCGAAGUGGACGGGACAAGGAUCGAGAUCGGAGAAAGGGAGAUGAUGACUAUCGUGAUCAGAUGAAUGAAUUCUCUCGAUCUGGUUCAUCCAAGCGAGAAUCAGAUGACCGCCAUGGUUCUCGUUCAAGACAGGACAGGGACGACCGCGACUAUGAUCGGUCUAAAGACAGGCGACGACGGGAUGAAGAUGACCACGAUAGUCGACAUCGGGACAGGCAUCGGGACAAGGACCGCCGUCGAGACGAUGAUCGGUAUGACUCAAGCUCUUCUCACAAGAGUCACAGAGACCGGGACAGGGACAGGGACAGAGAUAGAGACAGAGAUCGUGGUAGGGAUCGCCGUGAUGGUGAUCGCAACAGAAGAUAAAAGUAGAGGUUGAUUACUUUGCACCGAGAACCAUAA